AUGCAGGUCACUCGGGACACCUUCCCUGCCGUCUUUCCCAAGUUUGUGGAGCUCCUGCAGACGUGCGACUUUUACGCGUUUGAUGAGGAGCUGACGGGCAUCAACACGGCGGAGCUGCCGGAGACGAUCACAGACACGCCAGAAGAGAGUUACCGUGCCAAGCGCGCCGUCGCCAGCCGCUACAACAUCAUUCAGGUUGGGAUAUGCUUGUUUCACAGAGACACCACUGCGGCCGGCGCCACGCCGACGCGGUAUGUUGCUCGGCCGUUCAAUUUUCUCCUCUUUCCUCACCACGCCGACGACUUUACGGCGGAGGAGCGUUCCAGGGACGUCGUGCUCAGCCCCUCCUCUCUCGCGUUUCUCCGCCGACACGACAUGAACUUUCAGUCAUGGGUGUACCAAGGCAUGGCGUACUGUGACGCACGGCAGGAGGAGGCACUGCGCAGCAGGCAUGCGGAAAAGUGUCGGGAGCUGGACCGAACUCGCAACGCAGAGAAGCAAGAGGCGCAGAGAGAAAGUCUCUUGACAGAAGACGAGCGGGCGUGGUACAAUAACGCCGUGGCGCUGGCCCAGGCCUUCGUUGAACGGGUCGAAGCGGUGCUGGAGCGUGCAAAGGGGAGGAAUGCCGGGCAGACGGCGGGUGUGGUGGAGGUGGCCGCCUCCGUGGAGCUCAUUCAGUCCGGUGGACGAGACGUUUUCCUGCCACCACAACGGGGCAAGAGUGCCCGCGAGGCGCUUGAGCGGUACAUAGCUCAGCACUGCCCCGCCCUUUCCCUCACCUUUCGACGCCAGGGGGCGGCUCACAUUGGCAUGCUGCGGGCCGUCUUCCCAGAGGAGCGUAAACGCCUGCUUGAAAAGGAGCAGGCCCUCCGGGAACGAGAACUGGUGAACAUGCUGGGGUUUCGUCUGGUGUUCAACGCCCUUGUGUUGAGUCAAAAGCCCUGCGUCGGUCACAACUGCUUUGCGGACCUCCUCUUUUUGGUUGCCACUCUGGACGGCCCGUUACCAGAGACUCUGUCCGAGUUUAAGCUUCGCAUGCAGGAGUUGUUUCCCACUGUGUUUGACACCAGGUAUGUUGCAACCCGGCAGGCGUUUUUUCCUGUGGGACGCUUUGGGGCCCGUUACUUGAGUGGCUUCUUUGGCGAGUACGGCUUUCGCUCCGCGCACGUGCAUGUGACGCUUCCUUUGGGGUUUGAAUCCUACGACCCCCUCGCCACCGGGGGCGGUGAGCGCGGUCACACUUCUGCCGGCGGCGAGGGCGGUGGGCCGACGCAUGAGGCCGGCUACGACGCCCUGCUGACAGGCACGCUGCUGCUCAACCUUCUCGCAGAAAUGGGGGGCUACGAAGUGGCGACCGCCCCCGAGUGUGUCGUGAAUCGCGUGGCCCUCUUCCGCUCCCUUUUUGCUCUCCGGCUGGGGACUCCCGACGUCGACGAGUAUCUCCCGGAGAGCGGUGUGCUCGAGCUGCGGCAUGAGAAGGGCGUGAAGAUGCAUCAUCUAGACUCCUGCUUUACCGCCAUCUCGCUGUGCAACGUCGAGCUUUACGCCGUGGAUGAGACACGGACGUUGGCCGUUCUCCCCCCCACUUGGUCGGAACUGGAGCCACGUGGUGAGCAGCGGAACCUGGGCUGGCUUUCCACGCACAUGACCUCGCGCUUUCCGCAGUUUUUUGAGGCCGCCGUGUACCAACCCGCCGCCGCCCCUUUGAGUGCAAAGGGCGCCUUUCACACGACACCACGCGCGCUUAUGCGUCUUUGCAUUCGCGCCGCUCAGCGCUGA